UGCAUGGCUAGGUACGCAUACAGGACGUAACACCACCAUCCUGGUGGUAUUUCUAGCAUGAAUAUAGGGCAUUCGUAGUAGGAUAUCACAUUGCGCGGGCGGUGCUCAUGCGACCCCCGUCAUGGCCGCACCGCCUGUCAACGCCGGCAACAUCAAGGUUGUCGUGCGCGUGCGGCCAUUCAACUCUCGAGAGCGAGACCGCAACGCGAAAUGCGUUGUGUCCAUGCACGAUGCCCAAACCGUGUUGACUCCGCUUCCACCGGAUGUAGGGUCGAAAAGCAAGCCGAUCAAGGCGGCAUUGGAGGGGACCAAGACCUUUGCUUUCGAUCAGUCGUAUUGGUCCUUCGACCGCGCGGAUCCCGACUAUGCUGGACAGGAAAACCUAUUUCUGGAUCUAGGGAAGCCUUUACUGGACAAUGCGUUUCAAGGGUACAACAACUGCAUCUUCGCCUAUGGACAAACCGGGUCAGGCAAGAGUUAUAGUAUGAUGGGCUAUGGCGAAGAGGAAGGUGUGAUCCCCCGUAUAUGUCGCAAUAUGUUCGAGCGAAUCGAGGCAUCAGCAAAGCAAGACAGCCACAUAACGAAUACGGUUGAGGUGUCGUACCUGGAGAUCUACAAUGAGCGAGUACGCGAUCUGCUGAAUCCCAGCACGAAAGGCAAUCUGAAAGUCAGGGAGCAUCCGAGCACUGGACCGUAUGUCGAGGACCUUGCGAAGCUGGUCGUGAGCAGUUUCAUGGAGAUCGAGCACCUGAUGGAUGAAGGCAACAAGGCACGGACGGUAGCAGCGACGAACAUGAAUGAGACAUCAUCUCGUUCGCACGCCGUUUUUACGCUCACCCUGACGCAAAGACGGCAUGAUGUUGAGACGAACCUGGACACGGAGAAAGUCGCCAAGAUUUCCCUUGUGGAUCUGGCCGGUUCUGAGCGAGCCACGUCAACCGGUGCAACAGGUGCCAGGUUGAAGGAGGGUGCUGAGAUCAACCGCUCCUUGUCGACGCUCGGACGUGUCAUUGCUGCUCUGGCUGACAUGGGCUCGGGUAAGGCAAAGGGCAAAGUGCAGGUUCCGUACCGAGACAGUGUCUUGACGUGGCUGUUAAAAGACAGUCUCGGCGGAAACAGUCUGACUGCUAUGAUUGCUGCCAUCUCGCCUGCCGACAUUAAUUUCGAGGAGACCCUAUCAACAUUGCGGUACGCAGACUCCGCCAAGCGCAUCAAAAACCACGCCGUAGUCAACGAAGAUCCGAACGCACGCAUGAUUCGCGAACUGAAGGAAGAAUUGGCGCAACUCCGCUCCAAGCUUGCCACUGGCGGCACCGUAUCCGGAAGCGAGCACUAUCCAGCCGAUACGCCUCUGGAGAAGCAGAUAGUGUCAAUCACUGCCGCAGACGGCACGGUCAAGCAAGUAUCCAAGGCUGAGAUUGCCGAACAAUUGUCGCAGUCCGAGAAGCUGUACAAAGACCUCAACCAGACGUGGGAGGAGAAGAUGAAGAUGACGGAAGAGAUCCACAAGGAGCGCGAGGCUGCACUUGAGGAGUUAGGUAUCAGCAUCGAGAAGGGCAAUGUUGGAUUAUCAACGCCAAAGAAGAUGCCUCAUCUCGUAAACCUGAGCGACGAUCCACUAUUGGCAGAGUGUCUGGUUUACAAUCUCAAGCCCGGCACGACGACAGUUGGCAAUAUCGACACCAACCCAUCCUCGCCCACCGUGAUACGCAGAGACGACGAGACGACAGCGAACACCCUUGUGCCUCGAAGCUCUGUCGAUAUCCGUCUUAAUGGGAGCAAGAUCCUGCAUGAUCACUGCACUUUCGAGAACGUGGAUGGCGUGGUCACAGUAGUGCCGAAGGAUGGGGCGCCAGUGAUGGUCAACGGCGUCCGCAUAGAGUCACCGAAGCGUCUACGCUCAGGCUAUCGUGUAAUUCUGGGUGACUUCCAUAUAUUCCGUUUCAAUCAUCCGCAAGAGGCGAGAGAGGAAAGGAUGACUGUGGAGCAGCAGGGGAGUAUGCUGAAGUACAGCGUCACGGCAGAUGACCUGAACUCGCCAAGUCCUAUGCCCAACCGACCAACACUAAACGGGCAUGAACGAACCGGCAGCUCUGUUAGCCGCGCCAUGUCCGAGAUGGAUGGUGACGCGGGUAGCCCAGGCACGCAGUCGCCGGUGCCGUGGCGUGGAGGGAGCAGGGAUAAUGACUGGGCUUAUGCUAGGCUUGAAGCGGUCAGUAGCCUCCUUGGUGCGGAUCAGAGGAUCAGCAAUCUCCCCGAUGAUGAGCUUGACGUGCUGUUCGAAGAUCUACAAAGAGUGCGCGCAGUGCGGAAAGCCAGACCUGAAAGUCGUAUUCUUGACUUUUCGGGCAUGGGUGGCCUCGCGAGUGGGGAUGUGACGGACACGGAAAGUUCUACAUCGCAUGCGCCGCGAGAGAAGUAUUUCAGUAGUGGCACGCUGGAUAAUUUGAGUCUUGAUACAGCGCUUACCAUACCAUCGACGCCACAGCUGCAAACUGAAGAAAGCGUUGAGCCACAAACGGAAGGGCGUUGCCUGCAGCCUGAUGGACUGACAGGGGUCAGAGACGGAAUGCAGCAGCAGCUCGAUGCCCAGCAAGAAGAGUUUGAGCAGCAACUGAAGGCUGACUGGGAAGGCAAUAUGCAGAUUGAGCAGCUCAGGGCUGAGAAGGCUGAGAUGGAAGCGAGUAUGCUUAAGUUGAAGCAGGAAAUGCAAACGCAACUAGCUCAUCUGAAGCUGGCCCACGAGAGCGAGGUGCAGAAGCUCAAGGCUGCCGAGCGAACAAAGUCGCGUUGCAAGAGUCAAGCCGACCAAUCUAGCAACGAUAACCUGACUGAGCGCGAUAUCUUCCUUGCCAAGCACGUGCUAGAGCACUGGCGGAGCCAGAGGUACAUCGCCAUGGCUGCCGCGAUACUUCGUAGCGCAAGCACUCUGAAGGAAGCGCAAAUUUUGAGCCAGCAGAUGGACCGGGAGAUCGUCUUCCAAGCCGCAGUCAUCGAUGUCGGUCACAGUUUCGGCUCAUCAUAUGACCUAGUCUUGAACGGUGUUGGCGCAGAGGACGGUAGCGACCUAUUUCUUGAUGGCGCACGAAAGCCUUGCAUUGGUGUGAGGGUCAUUGACUUCAGUAGAAACCUUGUCCGCCUCUGGAGCUUGGAAAAGCUGCAUACGAGACUCAGUGUCAUGCGCCAGCUUUCCGCGUACCUGGAUCGACCGGAGUACAUGCAGCACUUUCGGCCAGAGAACCCCUUCGAGGAGGCGUGCAUGCCAGAGUACAGUCGUGUCGGCGAUGCUGACAUACCACUAGCCGCCGUCUUCGAAUGUAGGGUGCAAGACUUCAAAUUGGACGUGUACAGUCCUUACACUUUUGAUAUUAUCGGCAUCGUACGUCUGAGCCUGGAGCCGAGCAGUGCCGAAGCACCGCGCGAGACUCUGAAGUUCAACGUGGUAAUGCACGAGCUGCUGGGUUUCGCGGAAAGAGAAGGCACGGAAGUUCAUGCACAGUUGUUCAUCCCGGGUGUAAGCGAAGAGGGAGGCGCGACUACGACUACCCUGGUGUCGGGCUUUGGUGAAGGCAGCGUCAAGUUCGAGAGCGUGCAUUCUAUGAGCUUGCCACUCUCUGCGUCUCGCGAGGCGAGUCUGAGGGUCAACAUUUUUGCUAGGGUCACGGCCAUGCACCUUGACAAGCUGCUGAGUUGGGACGAUAUCCGCGAUGCGUCUGCAGAGUCUGCGGCUAACGCAGGGCUCGAGAGACCGAAGGUUAGACGCUUUGGCAGCAGGCUGCCAGAGACUGAGUUCUAUAAAGAAGAGCGGCAUGAGGUCUUUGUUUCGGUCAAAAUCCUGGAAAUUGAUGAGGAAGGCGAGUAUGCACCAGUAGAAGUCGUGCAAGGCAGCACACUCGAUCAAGGGGCGUAUCAAUUACAUCAGGGUUUGCAAAGGCGCAUUGUGUUGAGCUUGACUCAAAGCUCCGGCGACGCAUUGCCGUGGGCGGAGAUCUCGGAGCUCAAGGCGGGCAACGUUCGACUGACUGAUGCCAGUGGGAGACUGCAAGAUGCAGAUACUCGGCAGGAAAAUGUCCUUCUGCCGCUUGUAAGCCCGCCGGUGUGGAGACGCGGCGAAGACGGUACGACAACGGUCAAGCUGACUAUGCAGUGGGCGUCAAGUGCACAUGGCUCGGUGUUGCUUGACCGACCAACAAACGAUAAGUAUCGCGUCCAGCUAUCGCUCAAGUGGUAUAUCACCUCGCCGAAGGUGACGCAGCCUAUGCCGUUUUCGUUCGACUUCAUUGUGCAAACAAGACCGCGAGCAUGGCUACGGCAGAAUUCCUUCCUCUCGCAGCUUUGGCAUAAUCAGCGUGUUGUCAACAGCACAGCCGGUAAUUUCUCGAUCACGCUGAAGCCUGCUGCAGCGAAAAGAGCGGGCGAUCUUUGGCGAAUGGACACCACCGCACUUCGAAUAAACGGAGAAGAAAGUCUCAGCGGCUGGGCACCGAGAGGCUUAAGCCUGGUCCGCGAUUUCCUAGCAUUCAGGAAGAAACGCAGGCGCGCCCAGGAGCUUGAAGCUGCUAGGGUCUUCAGCCUUGAUGCGUCGUUGAAUGGGGACAUUCCACCAUCUGAAGCGUGUAACCCGGAAGUCAGACAGCGAGCACUUGUCGAGAAAGUGCUAAACCUUUGGCAGAUAGCCCCAUCCGCGAGCGAGAUCAUGCUUCUACGGUCACAGUCUUGCACGCCUGUCAAUGACAACUCCAGGACCAAAGGCACUUCGCGACCUACCUUGCUGUCGGCAGUAGUUGACUUUCAACCCAAAAGCCCGGCUGUGCUGAAGGCCGGGUGGCUACUGUCGCCUGAUCCGUCCGCUACUCGGUGGGUACGCCGCUUCGUCGAGUUGAGACGACCCUACAUGCAUCUCUACGCCACUGAAGGCGACGAAAUCGGAGCUAUUUGCCUCACUAACGCAAGCAUUGACAGCGAGCCGCAAGUCGCAAAGUUGCUGCACAGAGAAAAGCUCCGGAUGAGCAUCUGGGCGGUGUAUGCCAGUGACCGAAGCUGGAUGUUCGCUUGCCGAAGCGAGGCCGAAAAGAGUGAGUGGAUAUGGGCGUUGGACAGGUCGUUUGGGACCAUUACAGGUGUAAACACGCCUGCAGAAGUGUACAUGGAUGAUGAGCUCUGAGGCUUGAGUAGUACGGCCCGCUAUGGUGUUGUCGGACGACAAAAGGUGCAUAUGCCGGCGAGCUGUUCUUUUGAGAUACCCACUGCGCGUUGCACUCCGAUAGCGAGAUGAUCAAUGGGUCUCUUCCAAGGUUGUGUAAGCUAUCUUCAGGCGGUCUGUACAUGUAGUUGCAGCACCUCUCUCGCAGUCUGACCCUAAUACUUGAAAGCCUCGGUUGGUAUGUCACGGCUAUGUUCUCCACUUCACUUCACAGGAAUCUGCCAUUCCCC